AUGACUUAUUUCAACAUCAACACCGUGCUCUCUGGACAGAAUCCUGAUAACACGGGUCGGACAACGACCAUUGAUCUUGCACAGCAAUGCGCCACCACGACUCGGACCGUCUACGGAACCACAACGAGCGGGCAGUCCCAGUUCAUGAUUGUUCAACACAUCGGAUACUUCCAUCCGGCCACUUCUGGCACGUAUACUUUCAGCUUCAGUAAUGUCGAUGAUGGUGUCUAUCUUUGGCUAGGCAAUAACGCCAAGACUGGUUUCACCAAUGCCAAUGUCAACAAAAAUGUCGACUACUACGUUACCAAUAGCGCCGGCACCUACACGUUCACUGAGACGGCCGGCCAAUACUAUCCAAUUCGGCUAUUAUUUGUCAAUGCACAGCAGUGCGGCAGCUUCACUUUCUCACUCACUGACCCGGCCGGAGGUGUGGUUGUCUCGAACUCUCAAGCCGUAGUUGGCGAUCAACUCGUAGCUAGUUGCCCCAACGACUCGAACGCAGCGCCUUUUGGUUUCUAG